GGUGCCGGAUCUGUUGGCCACCAUGCGAUGCCGAGCAAAGAAGUGUCAAUCAAAGCACACACCGAACAGUUUUAGCAGGAAGUGCCACAUUGUUUCGGAAGGAUUGAAGAAAGGUCAAGUUUCUUUUGUUAAGAGCGGAUUGAUUGAAGCAGGCCUUGGAUAAAUCCAUAUCUUUUUUUGCUUGGCCACGUACAGUGUACAUCUUUAGACCAAAACAAUAUUUUUUUUUAUUUUCACUAAAAUACACCCCUGCUUUCAACCGAAGCUUGUUCCGUAGAUUACUAGGCAGCCUGUAAGAAGCCCAAGAAAGGAAGAUGUUUGAAUCAGAAGACGAGGAUGUUCUGGAAACGGUGCUGCGCUAUCAGCUUCAGCAGCCUGCAUUGUCACCCAUAACUACUACGAUGGCUAGCGUCGCUGAAAACAACAUCUUUAGCAAUGAUAACGCAUUUUUCUCCAAUAUCUUGCUUCAAAAGUUGGCCCUGUUAAGACACAGUGGACUCUUCAACCACGUUAGUGAAACGGGGCAGGCGGCUGCAAGCACCUCAGGUGGCACUGCCACUGUUGUGGAGAAUUACAACGACGACGACGGCGACAACGACAACGGCUGCGGCGGCGGCGACUACAACGACGACGACGACAACGACCAGCAAAAUAACAUGUUGACCAUGGAAUCUGAUAUGAAAGGGGGUGGCAUUCUACAUGCCACAAUGCCCCCGCACCACCCAUCGUCUCUGCAUGGCCACAGUACCUCGCCGUAUGGGGCGCUGGGAUCGCUAAGCAUGAUGAACACCGGUCUGUCGCAGCUUUCCUCUCAUCAGACGUCUGCCGCACAGCAACAUCACCUGCUCGGGGGCGGAGGUGGUGGACAUCAGCAACACCAUAUGAGCCACGGUUUGAGCAGCAACAACAGCAGCAGCAGCAGUAACAACAACAACAGCAGUGGCUACGGAAGCCCCCUGCAACAGCCGGUGUCCGGUCUGAGUCCGACCGGUCUCGUCUCAGGGCAAGGACACUCGCAGCACAGUUCGCCGACGGGAAUGACUACUACUGGCCAGCAUCACAUUACCGCUGGCGGUGGCCACCAUCACCAUCAUCACGGUACCGGUGGACUGUUGGGUGUGAAUCACAACAACAACAACACGAGCAAAGCAGCCCAGCAAAACGCCGAUCGCGUAAAGCGACCCAUGAACGCAUUCAUGGUUUGGUCCCGAGGUCAACGGCGAAAGAUGGCCUCCGACAACCCGAAGAUGCACAACUCGGAGAUCUCAAAGCGACUUGGGGCGCAAUGGAAAGACCUGUCCGAGACGGAAAAGCGCCCAUUUAUCGACGAGGCGAAGCGGCUCCGUGCGGUACACAUGAAAGAGCAUCCGGACUACAAGUACCGGCCGCGCCGGAAGACGAAGACGUUGACGAAAGCCAAGGAAAAGUAUCCGCUCGGUGUGGGCUCGUUGCUGGGCGCUGGACAAACGAACGAGGGCAGCGGGAUGCGCGGAAGUGGAUCGUCGACCACAUUGGCCGCGCAGCAGGCGGCAGCAGCAGCGGCUGCGGCGGCAGCAGCCGCAGCGAAUCGUGAUAUGUACCACCAGAUGCCUCCAAAUGGCUAUAUGCCAAAUGGAUACACGAUGAUGCACGAUCCGUCAUCGGCGGCAGCUUACCAGUCUCAGCAGCACUACAUGAGCAAUUACCAUCACCACCACCGGUACGAAAUGGGGCAGAUGGCGGCUGCGGCAGCAGCUUCCGGCACUACGGCUGGAUCCCUGAACAGUUACAUGAACGCCGGUUACGGUGGAAUGUACGGUGGAGGAAGCGGUGGAGGCGGAGGAGGUACCGUAUCUGGUGGUCAAACCUCUCCCUACGGUGGCAGCGGAGGUGGACUGCAGCAGCCCGGUUCGCCGUACAGUACGACAAUCCAGCAGCAGCCCGGAUCCCCGUACGGACUAAACCACCAGCCCGGAAGUGCGUUGUCCUGCCAAAGCCACAGUCCCAGUGAUUCGAGCGUGAAAUCGGAACCAGUGUCACCCAGUCCGAUCGCGUCCGCCACCAACAACAACUUAACCAUGAAGCGAGAAUAUAUAGUUGGCGGAGGCCACCAGCAGCAAUCGACGGCAGCCGAUUUGAGUCAUUUGAUCAACAUGUACCACGUUCCGGAUAUGCAGCAGACGGGUGGUUCAGAUUUGCAGCAACAUCAUCGCAAUCAUCUAAUGCAACACUACCAUCAGCAUAAUAGCAGUGUGUCGCCCGAUCUUCAAUCGCAGCAUCAGCACCUUCAGCAGCACCAGCAGGUCCAGCAACAGCAACAACAACAGCAGCAGGUUCUGCGAUCUAUGGCACCGAUCUCACACAUGUGAGAGUUGGCCGCAACCGCGACGGACCUCUUGGUGCACCAUCAUCACCAACAGCAACAGCUUCGUGUGUCGAAAGCACUGGUAUCAACAUCGCCAUCCGCUUCGAUCACUUCGACGGCGUCCACCAACCAUCAUGCGACUGCGACAGUUGCUGCAGCAACGCCACCAUGCAACUCCAGGAACAAUAGUAAUGACAGCAGUACUGCCGCUGCACUAGCAGGAGGUAAUGCCGCCGACCAUCAUGGAGGUAGUGCUGCCUCUCCAACGGAGGAAUCGGUUGCUGCGGUAGCCGCCGUUUCAGGUGGUUCAAUUUUCACCAGCAGUAGUAACCUUCAUCAACAUUCCUUUGACCGAUUGCCGCCACUAUGUGCAUCUCCAUUAUCCGCAUACCGACACCACUCAGGCACAUCGUCGUCGGCUGCAGCUAUUGGCAAUAGCAAUAAUUGUAGCAACAUGAUCCUCGCGGGACCUGCUACAUCAAAUGCAACAACUGCCUCCGCUUCGCUUGGUAGUGCUGGCCUUGGAGCUGGUGGACUCAUGUCGUCGACUCCUCAUUCCCAUGCGGCACUAAUCAGCGCCGUAACUCCUGCCCUCGGAUUUUCAAUAACCAAUGGAAACGAUGUGCAACCACCGUUGCUUGCUGUGGAUCCCGAUGAUGAUGCUCACCAUUCUUAUCAUCACGGCAUGCACAUGGCACCCUCUCCCCAUCAUCAUCAUCAUCAUCUAUAUCAUCAUCAUCACCAUCACGACUAUCAUCAUCAUGCGGCUGCUGCUGCUGCUUUGCUUGGUGGCUUCACGAGUGGAAGUGGUGUUGGUUUGGUCGAUUGUGUCAGUGAUGGUACCAACUGUGCCGAUCGCGAGGACUCUACCGGAUUUCUUUCGGUGGCAAGUACAUCCGCAAGCAGUGCUGUUGGGAAUUACUGUCUUAGUGCAGGGGUGGACAGUGCGACAGGGUUGGUACAAGCUGUAACGGUGCCCACAGCACUAUCGGCGACGCAUGAUAGCGAUGAACCCGGAACAGCUGCUGAGGGUAGAUCAAUGAAUAUUGGUAGUGAAAUCGGUGUUCUGCGAUCGCAUGAUCGGCCGGCCUCAUCGUCUUCGGCUAUUUCGAUGGCUGCUAGGACGGCUGCUGCAGCAGCAGCGGCCGUUGUUGCUGCCUCGAACCAUCACCACCACAUUCAACAGCAUCCUCCGCCGGAUUCGCCAUACCAUCAUCACCAUCAUCACCAUCGUACUUUGCCAAUGGAUAUUUCGGCAUUGUAGGGUAUGAAGCUUUUACCAUUGAACGCUUUUUAUUGAUUUCCGGUGUAGCUAUUGAUGGUGGAACUAGUAUCCAACCUACGCAUGAUGAAAAAUAGCACAGGAAAAGGUGUUGAAAUGAAAAGAAAAUGAGCAAUUUUAGUGAUGAGGAUUAUUCAGGGAGCAGUUAAUCUGUUGCAUCAAAGAAAUCUCUUGAACAAUUGAAUCAUACGUGUAAAUAUUGAACGCAAUCCAUCAGUUUUGUCUACUGCUGUAGAAUUGAGCUGAGCUCUUUAAAAGACAUGCACUAGAGCACUCCGUGUUUUAUCACUUCCUGUUGGAUGGCACAGAAGCGAACUACUCUCGAUACAAGUUGUUUAACGUUAAUUCCAUCUCGACGUAAAUAUGAGGUCCAAAUGUUGUCCAACGGUUCAGCUACGAAGAGAGGGACUUUUCAAAGUAAGAAAAUCGAUGAAAGAAGCUCGUCGUCGAUCGCAGGGUCGAUCGCAAACAUAGACAAGCAUUGGAGCGCGCAAAGUACGACGUUUUUACGUGUAAUGUGUGAUAUUAUUAUUUUUUCUUUAUUUUGUUUACUUUUCAUAUAUUUUUUUUGUUUAAACGUGGAAUAUAAUGUACAGACUGUACCGAGGAAAUCUUAUGGCAAAUCAGAUCUAAUAUUAAUAUUACUGUCGAUAAAUUAUCGAUGAUGUUAGUGAGAGUAGACAAAACUGAACACGAAAGCUUACCUUUUGUUCGGGUAAGUGAAAUGUAACAUACGAACAAGAACACUUGUGAAUAGGUUUUAGUUGUUAGGCUACGUUUCUCUAUUCUAUCCUGAGCUGCUGUUAGUAUAACUUUAAAAAAGAUGGACUCGAAGAUAUGAAUUAUUUGUAAUGGAGAGGCAAAUUAGGAACCCAGCACUUUAACUUUUUAGUUCGUUCUAUAAAGUCUCUCUUACUCGCUGGGAAUGUAUUUCUGUAAAAAGCAAGCAAGCAAUGUUUAUUACGUAUCUGCGUACCCAAUAUUAUUAUCAUUUUCAUAUAGUAAAGCUUAUACAGAAUAAGUACAGCGGUGAAUUCAAAUUCAUUGAAUAUAGAUCAUUGGUUUGUGGGAGUAGGACAGUCAUACGCCUUGAUGGCAAAUUUCCUUCGCAACUUUUUGCAACUAAAACGAAAAAGAAAUGAUUCACUUUAACAAAUAUUCUAUUGUUUUCAUUAAUUUGUUUCGUCUGUUCACAAACAUCAUUGCCCAGUAAAAUCAAAAGUGAGAAUUAUUUUAGCUGUGUAAUACAAUAUUUUCAAUAUAUUUACCUUUUGAAAUUCUCAAAUAGAACUGUUUCUCUUUUCGGAAGUAAAUCCUUUCUUAUUCAUGGAGAGAUUAUUAGAAUACAAAUUUGUAAUGCGUGAAUGCGAGCGAGGCGUUGCAAAAAAGAAAGAAAGUUAGUCAUGUUUGUAUGUACAGAUGCAGCACAAACCAGGAAAAGAAGUACUGAAAAAUACACACAACAAAUGAACUAUAAAUAAAAUAGAUGAAAUGAAAUCACACAAACCAAUGAUAACAAUAUAUUGCACUGUAAAAAAGCGAAUUCGAACAUGAGCGACAUCAUCUUUCUCUAUAGCUGCCGGGUCCCGAUAAUAAAUAAAAGAUCGCUAAAAUAAACCGUCGGAAUAUAAACUGCGCUAGACAUGAUGUAUGUGUACACAAAAUAUAAACAAAGUACAGAUUAGCGAGGCAUAGAAGGAAGAAGACAGGUAUACAAAUUCGGAACAAAUGUAAUAAUACUGUGAACGAAACGACAAAACAAAACAGCCCGAACAAGAAACAUGUACGAUCUGCAAAAUUCCAAUGUUAACAGAAAACAAUGCUACUAAAAAGGAUGAAAAAUUAGACAAAACCUGUUUUAUUUUA